UAUUCGUGAGUAAAUUUCUAAUUUAAAAUAUUUAGGGCUGGUCGGUCAUUAAUUGGUUGGUAAAUGAGUUGGCAGCUCCUCCAGCGAUCGAAUGGCCCUGCCAACACCAACUGCUGUACUUUUGCCUGGCAGUGCUGUCUUUAUUGAGUGAGUGUGCCUUUCAUUGUGUGUGUGAGAUCCAGUGGCAUGUCAAUAAGUUGCGCUCUCUGAGAGGGUUGUAUGCUUCUCGAAUGGUAACCCACGCUGCUUUGCGAAGAGAGCGACUACGCCUCUGGCUUUCUGUUUGUUGUGGCCCCUUUAUUUAUUUAUUUUGCCGGUGGUUUAUAUUCUCCACCCGUUAAAGAUUCAAAUGUCCAGGUAAUCAAAUCGAAUCAAUCUAGUUCUCCUGUGCUUUAGAAUCAAGAACAAUUGCCAUUUGAAAUUGGAACAUUCAUUUGCAACUGCAUCACUUGUUGGCAACAACACGAAGUCCUAGCGUUUAUAAUUGCAAAACACUUGUGACAGCAGCAACUCCCGCGUGCACGGAAGCAAUAAGCGACUUAAACUCCAGUUUAAUAAGCGAAAACUCGUGAUAAAAGCACUGACAUAGAUUAAUUGGAGCAUUUUUGAAACCAACUCAGUUGUUAUAUAAGAUGAAUACACGCCGUCGGUCCAUAGCUCCACCACAAAACGUUUACGCCAUUAAUGCCAGAAUAUGUAAAUUGGUGAAACUACAUCCUUGUCUUUACGAUCGUCACGAUGACAACUACUUGCGGAAAUCGACUGUGAAAAAUGCGUGGAAGGAAAUAUCUAAUGAGCUGCGAAUUACGGUUGAAAGCUGCAAGGAACGUUGGCACAACAUUCGCUCCAGCUAUGCCCGCUCUAUUAAGCUGCAUCACGGUGAGAAUACGUACUAUCUUAACAGCGAGCUGAUGUUCCUGCAAAGGCACAUUACUCCCGGAGUUUCCGUUCCGCUCGGAGGUCGUAGGUCAAGACCCAGGGCUCAGAAGGAGCACGACGAAGCGGAUGUCAAAACUCCACUAGAGGCAAUCCUUGAGAUGGUGCACUCCCCGAGCUGUCUGGAUUCGGAGCAUGCGCAGAGCCGCCACAGCACCGACUCUGCAUCGGCGACGGAAGUUAAGACAUCAACCCGCAGUAUUGAAGCAUGGCCAAUCAUGGAUUUCGAUGACGCAUUCCUGCAUGGACUGCGUCCCGAAAUCAAGCACAUGAACUUCCGUCAGAAGCUGUACUUCAAGCGUCGUGUGUACGACCUGCUUGGCGAGGUAUUCCAUUCCGAGGAGUCAGCCUCACCAACCAACCCGGCGCAGCCGCAUCCCAGGGAGAAUGUCAACGGAACGCUAUCCACAACCUCGUGUCCCUCUCCGGCGAAUCCACUGCAGCACUUGGGACUAAUGUUGCAGCUGCCAAAGCGGGUGGCCAAUGCAAGCCAAGAUUUGUAGCUUGCGAACUGCUCAUAGCAAAGCUUUAAUCCACUGAUAUCGAAUUUAUGUACAGUACAUAGGACAAAUAACAUUUUAAAUUGUUUUUAGGAAUGUCCCCAUCAUGUAUAAACAGCCUAAUGUGAAGUUGACAUAAAAACUAAAUAAAUGAAUUUUUCUAAAUUCAAAACUAGA